AGCUUCUAUAAAUGCAUUUCCUUUUUUACUCAGGGGUUCUAUUCUUUCAUUUCACUUCAGUUCUUUGUCGGUGCGAAGGGAAGGCGUCGUUACAAAGGCCACUUAAAUAGCCUCCUCUGAGGCUGAUCCCGGAGUCGUAGGCCAUUUUUUUGUGUCGCUUAGACCACAGCCAGCCGCCAUGACGUUCGCCAUCGUCGCCGUGCUGCUGGGAUCUCUCGGCGGUGGCGGAGAAAGCCCCGUGCAGUACCAUCCCAUGCUCAGAUGCGAUACUGACCACACUGCCGAGAUAAUGCGUGUGACAACAAAGGAUGCUGUGGUGAACUCGACUAUGAAGGCGAAGAUUAAGCUGCGCGUCUACGAUGCAAUUCUCAAGGAUCUCAAACUGAGAUUGGCUUUGUUCACGCCGGAGGGCCACAUCGUGCCAUGCAUUGACGGCUUCGGAAGCUGCGUGUACGACCUCUGCAAGGCGAACAAGAACACGACAUUGCUUUUGGGCAACGGAACAGAGCCCAAUAACAAUGCCCAGUGCCCCGUGCCCCCGGGUACAUACUACCGCACGCUGGAAUUCAAGCUGUCGCCGAAGCUCACCAAACACAUUGGCAACGGGGAACUUCUCGGCACUAUGCAACUCGAGAGCGGAAGCAAGGUGGUCGCAUGCCACGCCUAUUUCAUGGUGCUCUACUCUACGAAGCCCAAAGCGAAGGAAUGGUACUAGACGGCGCUGCCAGCGAAACUUGCCACAUAGCCCCACCAGAAUGGUCCACCGCUACGCAACUCAAUAAAUUGA